GCACCACCAGAGAGAAGCCGGGCUCGGCGAGCCGCGCAUAUUCCUCUUCUCCGCCGAGGAACAAUUCUCCCCCCCUCCCCCCGUGAUCGAGUCACGCAGAUUUCCAGAGUUCGUAUACACAACGCCACUCAACUGCGGAGGAUUAUGCUUCCACCGUCGUCGCUUUCCGGGUGCACCCUUUCACACAGACGCCGUCCUGGCUGUUGAUGCUCCUGCUGCUGUUGAAGAGGAGAGAGAGAGAGGAGCCUCUCCAACGACAUGCGAAGAGACGCGUCCGACGCGACGACGACGACGGACAACGAGCGAGGAUCGCAGACAGCUCCAGUGAGACACGUCGACGGCGACGAGCGACAGAAGUAUCCAUGGAACUGAAAAUUCUGCUGUGGUUUCACAUCGUGGGAAUUUGUUCGGGUCUGCGGGGAGUGCGUAUCCAGACACCGACGGCCGUCAGGAAGGGCGAUUCGGCGACGUUGAAAUGUUGGUACGACACCGAGGGCGACCCAUUGUACGCCGUCAAGUGGUACAAAGGGGGUCGAGAGUUUUAUCGCUAUGCUCCGAACGAGAGUCCGCCCAUCAAGACUUUCCCCAUCGGAAACCUGACGGUGAAGAAAACGGAGAGCAACGCGACGCAGGUCGUGCUGACGAAGUUGGAAGUGGAGACGGCGGCCGUGUACAGCUGCGAGGUAUCAGCCGAUGCACCUUCCUUCCACACAGCUAUAGUUUACGCGUCGAUGAGCGUCGUCGAAUUGCCCUCUGAGAUGCCGUCGAUACAGGGACUAAAGAGGAAAUACCGCGUCGACGAUCCGCUACGUUUGAACUGCACAUCUGGCCGGAGCAAACCCGCCGCGAAUCUCACUUGGUAUAUCAACGAUCGACAGCCUCUCAAAGCGCACGUUCGCACGUACGGCCCGCUCGAUACAAACGAAUCGGAGUGGCAGAUUUCGCAAAUUGGGCUCCAGUUCCUGGUUUCGCACGAUCACUUUGUGAGCGGCAAGCUGAAGAUACGUUGCAGCGCGUCGAUAUACGAUAUUUAUUGGCAGAGCACGGAAGUCAGCGCCGAGGAGGAUCGGCCGCGAGUGAUACAUUACGAGCCUGCCGCGACUAUCGUCGGCAUCAACUACCUCCAGCCACCGCCAAAUUUUCAGACCGGCCAGAAGAAACCUGACGGGCAGGUUGGAGUAAAAGUGCUGGGGUCCUCCACGGUGAGCCUGCGGCCGUCGGCGAGGAUCGUUUUGGAAUUGUUUGCGCUUCUUCUAAUCGUCAUUCGUUAAAAGCAUAUAUAGUGCAUCUUUCGAGAAACGCGCUUUGGAACACUUUGCGUACGUUGACGUGUUUGUAAGAGGAGGAGGAGAAGGAAGACUCGAGAGGCGCUUUGUGCGAUGAUGACGUUUCCUCUAUGGGAUCGCCUCGAAUCACCACGCAGCGGUAAUAUCCAACUAGAACGAAUACAGGAAGCUCCUUGGGUCACGUCACAGUGAUGAAACUUGAAAGGCUUGUUCGAAUGUGGUGGAGGAAUGGAAGUGACGGGACGCAACCGAUAGUUCGAUCGGCUUCGGACGACAGAAAAGGCCGAAAAAAAAAAAAAAAAAAAAAAUCGUGGACGAAGGGCGAAUUCCAGCGAGAUGAUUUAUCCGACGUUCACUCAUCCAACGAUCAACGAAAUGUCCAAAAUGCACUACAGCGACGACACAGACGCGGCUGGAUAUAUAUACUCGCGAUAUAUAUAUUCAGGAGUUAUUUUAUUAUUAUUAUUAGACCAUGUACUCUUGCUUCCUUCCAGCGGGAAUAAUGUGUUUGCAAUGUGUAGGUAUACGUAUUACAUACAUAUAGUACGUUUCGUCGCAUCGUAUGAGAAGAUAGUUUUUUUUUCGUACUUUUAUAACUCAGAAGGAGACUAUAACGUAGCAUGAAUGUACGUGCGUAUUCCUCGACAACGUAAAGACACAUAUACACGUAAUACGAACAUAUACCGAACAUAAAUGCAUACAACACGACAGAUAUACGAGUAUGUAAAAUCGCUCGAUUACACACACACACACACACACACACACACACUGUCAUACUUUUUCUCUGUACGAAUAACUGAUAAGUAAAAGUGUUCGAGAAAAUAUAUAUUGCGGCCCGCCUAAGUAUUUUACAGUGUGCGAGAUGAUGUACCUGAAUCGGAUAUUUGCGCGAAUUUCUUUCUUGUGUUGCUAUUUAGGGACUAUGUACUAUAUGAUAAGCGAGAUAAAGAUGUGCUAUAUCGAGUUAUAUGAUAACAACACAACUUUGUGUAUCUCAGUCAUUCCAUUUUGUAUUAAAGCGUAAUUGAUUUAUUAAA